GCCGAGGUAUCGCUUCCUGGGUCGUGCGACCUUGUCGCUGCUCCUGCUCCUGCUGCUGCUGCUGCUGCUGCCGCGAGUUCUUCGCGCGCCUUCUCCCGCCUGCCCGCCCCGCGACCGCGAUGCUGGCGCUGCGCUGUGGCCCCCGCCUCCUGGGCCUGCUCUCCAGCCCGCGCCCCGCGCCGCUGCUCCUCUCCGCGACCCGCGCCUGCAGCGACGGCGGAGCACGCGACCCGAACUCCUCCUCCCGGAACCCGCUCGUGUACUUGGACGUGGGCGCCGACGGGCAGCCGCUCGGCCGCGUGGUGCUGGAGCUAAAGGCAGAUGUCGUGCCCAAGACAGCAGAGAACUUCAGAGCCCUGUGCACCGGUGAGAAGGGCUUCGGCUACAAAGGCUCCACCUUCCACCGGGUGAUCCCAUCCUUCAUGUGCCAGGCUGGCGACUUCACCAACCACAAUGGCACGGGAGGAAAGUCCAUCUACGGAAGCCGUUUUCCUGAUGAGAACUUCACACUGAAGCACGUGGGACCAGGUGUCCUGUCCAUGGCGAACGCAGGCCCCAACACCAAUGGCUCUCAGUUCUUUAUCUGCACAAUAAAGACGGACUGGCUGGACGGCAAGCACGUUGUGUUCGGCCAUGUCAAAGAGGGCAUGGACGUUGUGAAGAAAAUAGAAUCUUUCGGCUCAAAAAGUGGGAAGACCUCCAAGAAGAUUGUCAUCACAGACUGUGGCCAGUUGAGCUAAGUCACAGCCAAGGUGCUAGGACAGCAGCAGCCACCCAAGUGCUCCGAGCACAGGUGCCCUCAAAGAACUGUUUGUACCCACAUCCUCUACUGAGCAUGACGCAGGCUACUCAGGCACGCGGUCCUUCACAGGACCAGGCUGCU